GCCGGGCCAUUCUGGUCUGAGACGGCCGCUCGGCUGCUCCGCGGAGCCGUCCGGGCGCGCCCAGGCCACCGCCUCCAGUCCGUUCCCCCGGCAACGCCUCGGGCCGUUCCCCCGGCAACGCGCGGCCGUUCUCAGUAGCAGGGGCCAUGGACCAGGGGUCGGGCGCCGGGCCCCACCGGGCUCGCGGCUGCCUCGGCGCGCCGUCCUGCGGAGCGCGGGCUCCGGGGGCACCCUGGGCACGCUUCUCGGCCUGGCUGGAGUGCGUGUGUGUGGUCACCUUCGACCUGGAGCUGGGCCAGGCGCUGGAGCUGGUGUACCCCAGCGACUUCCAGCUCACGGACAAGGAGGUGGGUCCCAGCCCUCUCAGGAGCAGACCUCACCCGGGGAGCAGGCCCUCACUGGCUUUCCUGUGUUUCAGAAAAGCAGCAUCUGCUACCUGUCCUUUCCCGACUCCCACUCAGGCUGCCUCGGGGAUACUCAGUUCUGCUUCCGCAUUCGUCAGUGUGGAGGGCAGAGGCGCCCCUGGCACACGGAUGACAGGCACUGUGACAGUGGGGCCCCCGUGUCUCUGCAGGCAGGUGAAGGACAGCUCUGUGAAGAGGGGCUACUUCCAGAAGUCUCUGGUGCUGGUGUCCCGCCUGCCCUUCGUCCGGCUGUUCCAGGCGCUGCUGAGCCUGGUUGCCCCCGAGUACUUCGACAAGCUGGCGCCCUGCCUGGAAGCGGUCUGCAAUGAGAUUGACCAGUGGCCGGCCCCUGUGCCGGGGCAGACCUUGAACCUGCCUGUCAUGGGAGUCGUCCUCCAGGUGCACAUCCCAUCCAGCGCAGACAAGCCUGAAUCCGGUCCUCCAAAGCAGUGCAGCCACAAGAACCUGCUGCCAGCCCCAGUCGUCCUCACCAGUGUCCAUGAGCUGGACCUGUUCAGGUGCUUCCGGCCCGUGCUGGCCCACGUGCAGCUGCUGUGGGAGCUCAUGCUUCUUGGGGAGCCCCUGCUGGUCUUGGCGCCCUCGCCCGCAGUGUCCUCGGAGAUGGUGCUGGCCUUGACCAGCUGCCUGCAGCCCCUCAAGUUCUGCUGCGACUACCGCCCCUACUUCACCGUCCAUGAUAGCGAGUUCAAGGAGUUCACGACCCGCACGCAGGCCCCACCAAGCGUGGUCCUGGGAGUCACAAACCCUUUCUUUAUCAAAACGCUCCAGCACUGGCCCCACGUUCUCCGCAUCGGGGAGCCCAAGAUGCCAGGGGACCUUCCCAAGCAGAUCAAACUGAAAAAGCCCUCAAGGCUGAAGACCCUGGACACCAAGCCAGGCCUCUACACUGCCUACACGACCUACCUCCACCGAGACAAGGCCCUGCUCAGACGACUGCUUAAGGUACCGCUGGGGGGUGCUCCGGGGGCGGGGAAGCUGGGCUCGGUGUGUGAAGGGGGCGCAGCUGGCCUGCUGUGGCUCAGCCCUCGCCCCGCCCCCCAGGGCCUGCAGAGGAAGCGGCCGUCGGACGUGCAGACUGCAGUGCUGAGGCAGCACCUCCUGGAGCUCACGCAGAGCUUCAUCAUCCCUCUGGUGGGGCCUGGCCGGCGGGGAGGAGGGCGCCGGGCUGGAGGGGCAGGCAGCAGGCUGUGGCCCAGACUCAGACUCACUCCCCUUCCCCCCCAGGAGCACUACAUGGCCAGCCUCAUGCCCCUGCAGAAGAGCAUCACGCCCUGGAAGACCCCUCCCCAGAUCCACCCCUUCCGCCAGGAUGACUUCCUGCGUAGCCUGGAGCGCUCGGGGCCCCAGCUCACCUGCCUCCUCAAGGGCGACUGGCUGGGCCUCUACAGGCGGUUUUUCAAGUCCCCCCAUUUUGAUGGCUGGUACCGACAGCGGCACAAAGAGAUGGCCCAGAAGCUGGAGGCCCUGCACCUCGAGGCCAUCUGUGAGGCGAACCUCGAGAUCUGGAUGCAGGACAAGUCCGAGGUGGAGGUCGUGGAUCUGGUCCUGAAACUUCGGGAGAGGCUGGUUCGGGCACAGGGCCACCAGCUCCCCGUGAAGGAGGCGACGCUGAAGCGGGCGCGGCUGUACAUCGAGACAGUCGUCGGCUCCCUGCCCAAGGACCUGCAGGUCGUCCUGUGCCCUCCCUAGGAUGGGGCCCAUGGCCCGGGGCCUGGCUGCCCCUCGGGGCCUGGGUCUGGCCGAGAUUCCCUCCCCCCAGUCAAGCAUGAGCUCCCCCACCCAAGCUUCCGGUUGCCCCUGGUCCCCCACCUGGCACCACCAUCAUCCCAGCAGACAAGGUGGCAUUUGGAACUACAGCCUGGCCCCUGACUGUUGGCGGAUCACGUGCUGCAGAGCCUCCCCUCCCCCUGGGCCCCACCUGCCCUCUCCAGGGUCUUAGGCAGGGGUGGGGGGCAGGCUGUGAGCCCUGCUGAUCUGAUCUGGGCCAAGGCCACACACCCCUCCAGGAGCCCAUCUGCCCAAGCCCUGCAGGCCCAGGCGUUGCAUCUGAUGCGUCCUUUAGACCCACCAGGCUGCCCAGCUCAGGACGGAAGGAGGCGGCUGACAGGCAGACCCCUCUCCUCACACAGCCCGCCCCCCGCCUGUCUUGCCUGGGGGCUGAGGGGGGAACCUCGCCUGCGGUCAUCACUUGGGAGGGGAGAAGCCGCUUUGCCCGGAGAAGAGCUGUGCCCUGUGGUUCGCUGGGAUGCCGCCAGGACCCGCGUGGCUGCCAGGCGGGUCCAGGGCAUUGUCUUUGUUCCACUCCAGGGACACCCCACUGGGCACCUUCUCCAUUCACUCUGCCCUGCGCUGCUGCUCGUCGGCUGGCAGGCCCUCGAGUCACCCCCGUGUCCAUGCAGCCCCACAGGCAGUGAGGGGCUUGGACUCUAGCCUGACCAGGCCCGCGGCCUUGGGGCACCACGCUCCUCGGCAAGGAGUGAAAGCCCCUCAGAAGGGAUCCACGCCCCCAUAUGACACUUUGGAGCACUGGGCCAAGCAGUCACGUGCUGUCAAAGGCACCAUCACAGCUCAGCGCACAGUGGCAGCUGGUGGGGGGCAGGGCAGGGGGGGAGGCGCGGACCCAGAGCUGCAGGCCUUUGGGUAAGUCCCACCGAACCCAACCCCAGAUGCCUCACCUGAGGCACAAGGCCUCGUAGAUGCCCGCGUGGGCCUUGGAGGCAACCUGAGCUGAGUCCUGGCUGAGCGAUGGGGUGCGGGAGGCAGGCCGAGCGGGGGGCUUUCCCUUCUCUCCUGAUUCCCCACAGUCCGUGUCCUGGGAUGGAGCAGUGACGCAGCCACUCCUCCCAAGCGGAGUUCGGUGGAGCUGCCAGAUGACAGAGGCGCUGGCCUCAGAGCUGCCAGCGUCGUCUUGUCCGGCCCUGACCACUGCCUAGGACAGCCCGGCGCGUCUGCAGCCUGCAGACAGCUGAGCUCGGCCUGGUGUGCGACCGCAGUCAGAGGACAGAAUCGAGGCAGCAGAGGGAGAGGCGAGCUGGAGGCCCUCAAGUGAGGAAGGACUUUGUGGCCCCAGUGCCACUUUGGAAAGUCUGCCCUGCUGUCUGGCCGUGAGGGGUGUGCCCCGGCACAUUGCACGGUCCCUUCCCUUGGCUUUCUGAGGGUGACUGCGGGUGACGGAGGGCUGCAGGGGAGCGGCUGCAAGGGGGCCUCCGCAAAGCCCUCAGGGACUUUUGCCUCCAUCGACCCAGGAAGGCACAACCUGAUUCCCCCGAAUCCUUGCAUGCUCCCUCGAGGACUGCUUGAGUCCACGCAGCAGCCCCUCACAGCGGCUUGUCCUCAGGAACACUGGUGCAGCGGGAUGUCGGGGGAGGGACGCCUGGCAGAGUGGGCAACACUGCCCAGGGUGGAAUCCAAAGCUGAAGGGUACAGGUGGGAGGAGGUCCCUCCCCUGGAGUGCCUGCGGCUGUGGGGGGGGCCUCCUCCUCACAGCCUGACCCCCCUGCCCAGACAGGGGCCUGAGGGUGCGGGCUGGGGGUGGAGUCCUGCCAACUCCAUCGUCUCCCCCAUAAGACCCCGGGUUCCCUCUCAGGAUCAGGUCAGCUCCGGCUGGGCUGAGCCUCUGUCCCCCCACCAGGCUGGGGACAGGCAGUGAGGAGGGAGGAAGGGGCAGGAAGAUCAAAAGAGGCAGACCCACCACCUACUAGAGCCCCGUGGACAGGAGGCCUGGACGGACAGGAACCAGUGGUCCAAGAGGGCGCUGUGGUCGGCGGCCAGUAUGUGAAGCCGCCUGCUUUUGGGGAUCGUGUGUGGGCCUGGUGUGGUGGCCGGGAUGGGGGUGGGAGGGCAGUGGGCUGAUGCAGGGACAGGAAGGACAGUCUUCACCCCCAAGCUUCCUGCACUCUAUUUAAAGACUCCGUUUUAGUCUGCGAUGGUGGACUUCCCACAUCUUUGGUAUUAAAAUGUCCUUCUGUGACAC